GGUGUUAGGAAGAAAGUACAAGCUAUUCAGGCAUAUAAUGUGACCCAUCACUUAUUGUCAUGUGGGGGUUAUCGAAAGUUUGAACAAACCAUGAUGAUGGAGAAAGAGAAAGCACAAACUGCAUCUUUAUCAGAUGCUUCUAGUCUUGACUCACCAUCUCUACCUUCAUGUCAUAAGAAGUGGAAGCAAGUUUGA